CACUAAAUGAUGAGCGACCUCCAGAGACUGGUAAAACUCAUCGGGUUGAAAAAACGUCUUUACCCACAACGCAUUCCACCAUCGAAAAGCAAAUACCACAAACCACAUCCAAGUCUGCAUGGCGUUUCGAGGUACGUUGCAAUGUUUUGAGUGCUUUCGAGCAUCCAAGCUGAUGCCGUACAAACCUUCGUUCUUGUUUCGGCUGAUUAGUGAUAUUGAUGAGUAUGAGCGGUUUGUACCGUUCUGUCAGAAGUCAAAAGUUACGAGCAGAGAUCUUACAACAGGACUGCCAAAUAAAGCGGAUUUAACAAUUGGUUUUGGGAAUUUUUGUGAGACUUUUGAUAGUCGAGUGGUUUGUGAUCCAGUUGCGAGAACCGUCCUAGCAGAUGCUUCUCAUCACCAGUUGUUUCAACAUCUAAAAACAAACUGGGAAAUUGUGGAGGCUUCUAAAGGAAGAGUGCGAGUAGACUUGGAGGUGGAUUUUGAAUUUACAAACAAGCUUCAUAGUGUCGUGAGCAAACUGACAGGUUCCACGGUAGCUACAGAAAUUAUCAAAGGAUUUGUGAAUCAAGCAAAACAAAAGUAUGAACUUGAACAAUCAAAGAAACCACUCGUAGAUGAUGCUUCCAGUGACCUAUGAAAUUGGCUGAUUAGGAAUCCUAUACUAUAAGAUAUCGAUACUUUCAUCCGAACAGAAAAUGGAGUUACUGAUUGAACGAACGAAAAGCUGUAGCUUAUAACAGGUGUAUUUACAAAAACGGAUUCUUCUUAUCCUCAAAAUCCAACUCAACAAAUCUACGAACUGUCUACAUAUUUCUAAGUUGAAUCGGCAACAAUUUUGAAUGUUUUUUUUUUUUGAUGGAUUUGCUAAAAGUUUUGGAUACCUCUGGUGAUUCUAUUUCAUGACUUUUUCAUACUCUCCAUUCUGUAUAAAGUGGAAGCUUUCCUGUACUACGUGUGAAUGUUCUUACAUAUUGUGACUGGAAACAUGAUGCUAUGAUUAUAGAGUAGCGACAAGAGUACUAGCUUCAACAUACCUUAGUUAAUGAAUUGCUUUCAAGUCUCUCUUUUGAUAUCAAAACCUAUGUUGAUGUUUGACUAAAGGGAAAUUGUGGAGAUGAAUCCAUUGAUAGGUUACUUUCAAUUUUUUUAUCUUUUAAUAAUGUCUUAGAUGAAUAUAAUUCAAUGACCAUUUUCCAAUUUCUAUUCGAUGGUCAUUAACAAGUCUCUAUGCUCAGUAGGAAC